AUGAAGUUCAUCCUUCUCUCCGCCCUCUCCUUCCUGGCCGUCUUCGCCACUGCCAACCCCAUUGACAUCGAUGUCGGCGCGGUGGUCUCGGGCGCUGCAGAUGCAGCAGCCAGCGUUGGUGCGGAUGUAGAUGCCGCUGUUGGUGAUAUUAUCUAA